AUGUCGAUCGAAUCCUCAAUGUUAAAUCGAUCUUCAGUCCUAUCUGGUUCAUCAUCUUCAUUGUUUUUUGCUUGUAACCGUCAAAUACAAAUUUCAACAAGGAUUUCCCCCCAAAUAUUCAGUUUUCCCUCUCGAAUUUCAACCAAUUGUAUAGUUCCGUACAUUCACAGAGGCUUCUUCAAUUCAAGACUCCGAGAAAGUGAGGUUUUUGAUGCUCCAAGUCAUUUGAGAUCUGUCGUAGUUAGAGGUAGUGGAAGUGAUAAAGUUGAAGACUGUACUGAUAGAGUAAAUUUAUGGUUUGUUGAGGUUUUGGUGAAGCGCGGAUUUGUUUUGGCGGCGAUGAUUUGCGGAAUUUUGGCGUUGGGGUGCCGGAGAGUUCUUGCAGCGGAAGGGGUUUUGGAUGCUGGUUAUGGAGUUUUUGAGCAGAGUGUACUGGCAUUGAGGAGCUCUUGGCCCAAAGUUUUGCUGGUUCUUCGGCUUUUUAAAGAGCAAGGCUUGGUUUUGGCUGCGCUUUUGGGUCUCUCUGCUUUUUUCUCAAUGGCUGAGACUUCAAUUACCACACUUUGGCCUUGGAAG